GUGGCCCGCCUCGCUCGCUCCCCCCCGCCGCCAUGUCGCCGGUGCGGGCCGUGCUGGCGCUGCUGGCCGCGCUCUGGGCCCCGGCGGCCGGCUACUUCGUCAGCAUCGACGCGCACGCCGAGGAGUGCUUCCUCGAGCGGGUCCCGUCAGGCACCAAGAUGGGGCUCAUCUUCGAGGUGGCCGAGGGCGGCUUCCUCGACAUCGACGUCGAGAUCACGGGCCCUGAUAACAAGGGCAUUCACAAAGGCGACAGAGAAUCCAGUGGAAAAUACACCUUUGCGGCCCACAUGGACGGAACGUACAAGUUCUGCUUCAGCAACAAAAUGUCCACCAUGACUCCCAAGAUAGUGAUGUUCACUAUUGACAUUGGGGAAGCUCCCAAGGGACAGGACAUGGAGACAGAAGCUCAUCAGAACAAGCUAGAAGAGAUGAUUAACGAAUUAGCAGUGGCCAUGACAGCUGUCAAACACGAACAGGAAUACAUGGAAGUGCGCGAAAGGGUACAUCGAGCGAUUAACGACAACACAAAUAGCAGAGUAGUCCUCUGGUCGUUCUUCGAAGCCCUUGUACUAGUUGCCAUGACACUGGGACAGAUCUACUAUCUGAAGAGGUUUUUUGAAGUCCGGAGAGUGGUUUAAUCAAACUUGGCUCCCAGCCCCCUUUCUGGUGAUCCCAGACUCUGUUCACUCUUUUACCAAACACAAUUUCGUUGCAAAAAUCACGUAGUUUUCUUUAUCCCUGCAUCCCGAACUAUAAAGCUUUUUAAGUUUAAGGUCU